UAUCAGUCGUUUCAGUCUCAGCUCGAUCAGACAUGACUAGUAUCAAAUUCCAAAUUCUCACACUGGCCUGAUUUUUUCCUAAAACACGCAGUUAGACUCUCAAAGCUAAAAACAUGACCUUUAAGCCUGAUCUGAAAGCCUGAUGUUAUUAGUAUGCCGGGUCUUACUAGUGUAGGAAUAAGAAAAAUGGCUAAGAAAGCCGAAUCGUGCAUACAACCGAUAUCGGUAUACGGUAUAAUUCGUAUUCAUAUUUUAUCUUUUGUUUUUGGUAUUUGGGUGCUGUGUAAAAAGUUAUUAAAGUGGAUUUGGGACCCUCAAGCGUGUGGGAUUAGGACAUUACGAGAUACCCCGCCAUCACUUCUUGUGGACUCUUCUAUAGGUCAACAUAAGCACUUGAAACUUAAGGGUGUAAAACUUCACUAUGUAGAAGCCGGUCCCAAAGAUAAACCACUAGUCCUCCUCCUGCACGGCUUUCCAGAUUUCUGGUUAAGUUGGCGCUACCAAAUUCCUGCAUUGGCCGAACAAUUCCACGUGGUCGCUCUGGACCUCAGAGGUUUCGGAGAUUCUGAUAAGCCUGCCUGGAGAACCAGCUAUAAAAUCGAGAUUAUUUUAGAAGAACUUUCUCAGUUUAUAUACUCAUUAGGAGACAACAGCUGCAUAUUAAUAGGACAUGACUUGGGGGCCCUCUUGGGAUGGUACCUUAUUCAUGAGAAUCCUAGCAUAGUUAGUAAGUUUGUAGCAGUAUCUUGCCCCCAUCCUAAUGUAUAUUGGCAAACAUUCAACUCCUCUUAUAAUUACCAAUGGUUGAAUUUUGUGCAGUUGCCUUAUUUACCAGAAAUAGAUGCUUUAAAAGAAGAUGUCAAAAUAAUUGAACAGUACCAUAAGCAUUUACCUGCUAAAGAUGUACAUUUGGAAGCUUAUAAAUAUACCUUUUCAAGAAAACAGGACUGGACAGGUCCAAUAAAUUAUUACAGAAAUUUACCAUUCUUCAAGAUCAGUGAAAAGCUGGAACACAUUGAGAUUCCUGUAGUGUUAAUAACGGGAAGCAAAGACCAAUACGUUUCCCUUGAAGGUAUCAUAAGGUCCACAGAAUAUUGCGAGAAGUUCAGACUGAAAGUUAUAGAAGACUGCGGUCAUUUUCCACAUCAAGAAAAUCCGGAAAUGUUUAACAGUGUUUUACUUAAAUAUAUUACCCAUAAAAAUACCAACGAGAUAAAAAAUAUUCUCACAUAUUCUCCAUCGAAAAGACUUAUUAACGGCUUGUUUGGUGCUGUGUCAAAUACUGUAAAAAUCGGUAAUUCAGUAAUUGGGAGUAUGCAAAAAAAGACUAACGAUGUUGUAAAUAGUAUACCCUCUUUUACCCUAAGCACAAGCCCAUCAACGAUAAUGCAAUAAUACAAAUUUUCUUAAAUUUUUUUAAAUAUUUAUUUUAUUUUUUAAGUGUUAUUCAUAUUUAUACAGUCAUAUUAUUUUUUUAAUAAAAAGUUUAUAGUUA